AUGGCCCCCUUUGACAGCACAACGCCAGAAACACGCUUUGACAGCUUUGACGUCUACCGUACCUCAUACAAGAAAGUCAACGAGCAGGACGUAGAAGUCGGCAUCCUGGUCCCGAAAAGCCUCAGACCAGGAACACACCCCGUACUCGUCAAAUUCCACGGCGGGGGUCUGGUUACAGGCGACUGUCUCUACGCGCCGUGGUUCGCGGCCUACUUCGUCCCGUUGAUACACCGCACCAACGCCAUUGUCGUCUCGCCCAAUUACCGCCUCGUUCCCGAACACAGCGGUGCCGACAUACUCGAAGAUCUCGCAGACUUCUGGACAUGGUUCCGUUCCGGAGGUCUCGCGUCUUAUCUCGCGAGUCAAGGAGUAGCCGCAGAGCUGGAUUUUGAUCGUGUCCUAGCGUCGGGUGAUUCCGCGGGUGGCUACAUGGCACUCAUGUCCGGCCUUCUGCAACCGAAAGGCAGCAUCAAAGCAGUCUUGGCUCAGUACCCUAUGACGGAUAGCUUGAGACGGGAACCGAGUGAACUGUUUGUUGACUUGCCGUCUCCGCCAGCAGGUUUAGUGGAUGAACACGUAGCAGCGAUCAAGCCCGGCAUCGUCGUCUCAUCCUGCGUCCCGCCUGCGCGUAUGAAUUUGUCUUACGUUCUCUCGGCGUACGGGCGGUAUCUGGAGUUCUUUGGGAAGGACAAGGCGAUGUGGCCGUUGUAUCUUGUUGACGAGAAGAGAUGGUUGCCGCCCACGUGGAUUCAUCAUGGAGAUGUGGAUACAGCGGUCAGUAUUGAGGAUACGAAGGCCUUUGUGGGGAAGUGUGAGAAGAUCGAGGGCGUGGAGAUCAGGCUGAAGAUCAUAAAGGGGCAGGAUCAUGGGUUCGACACGCAGGCUAAAGAGGAGGAAGAGCCUUGGUUGAAGGAGGGAUUGCAAUGGGUUGAGGGCAAGUGGCUACAGUGA